AUGGAAAGCUCAGCGGAGGCGGCUCCAGAGGCGAAGCGCUCCGUCAAACGUCCUUCAAGAGCGGCAGAAAUUCGAAAAAUUAUUGUAGCUGAUGGAGAAGAAUGUCCCCAUGGACCAGCGGGACCUGCAGGAAAGCCAGGACCGGCUGGAACGGACGGUGAACCUGGCAGAGAAGGAUAUCCAGGAUCGCCGGCAGUACCUUGUCUUAAGUAUAAAUGGGAGCAAUGUAUCAGCUGUCCCUACGGACCACCAGGGCCACCUGGGCCAGAUGGACCUCCAGGUGUUCCAGGACGAGAAGGAAACGAUGGUCGUAUGGGACUGUAUGGUCAGCCCGGUCGGCCUGGUGUAGUUGGACCACCAGGAAGUAAGGGUGCCAAGGGUAUGCACGGUAUGCCUGGCUGGCCCGGUGUUCCAGGUCGAAGUGCCCAAACCGGAAAAGGAAGACGUGGGCCGCCUGGACAGAUUGGCGAGGUAGGAUCACCGGGUGCAGAGGGACUUCCUGGUGUGCCAGGUUCGGAUGGAGCGCCAGGACCUUAUGGAACCAUGGGAGCGGCUGGUAGUCCAGGUGAACCUGGCCUAAAUGGUGUACCUGGGUUCAGAGGUAAUAUGGGAUUCCCUGGUAGUGACGGCACUUACUGUCGAUGUCCACAACGUUCUAUUGAGACUGAGCUAAGUAACGAUGAGCUUAGGAAAGCUAGAAAAGCUAAGUUACGUGGUCGAAUUUGA